CGUGACAUCCGCAUAGCUUGACAGAGGUGGGACGUUGUCAGUCUGGAUCGGUGUCCGUAUCCCGAGUUAGCAAGACGGCUUUUAGUCAGCUGUAGAUACCCGGUGAACAGUAGGCCCUUAUAAACUAGGGGAUACGCCGCCUUUAACGUCAAGAUAUCGCAUCGUUGGAGAGCUUCGCCCGCGUUAAAAUGAAGACGCGACUGGCAGUUGGAUUGGUCUAUUUUCUAGUCGUAUAUUUCAGUUCAUGCUCGGCGUUUUAUCUUCCGGGUUUAGCUCCCGUGAGUUUUUGUGAUAAAGAGACCGAAGAAUGCCAGACGCAGAUUGAGCUGUUUGUUAAUCGUUUGGACUCAGUGGAGUCUGUUCUGCCUUACGAAUAUGAUAUGUUUGACUUCUGCAAAGAUGACCAUGAGAAGAGGCCAUCGGAGAACCUGGGACAGGUGCUAUUUGGUGAGCGAAUUGAGUCUUCCCCUUACAAGUUCAAGUUUAAAGAAGAUGUAAAAUGCCAGAAAGUUUGCACCAAGACUUACAAGACAGCAAACAAAGAUGAUCCACCAAAACUGGAUUUUCUCAAGAUGGGAAUGCAGCUGAAUUACCAGCAUCACUGGAUUAUCGACAACAUGCCAGUGACAUGGUGCUAUGACGUUGAAGACGGUCAAAAGUAUUGCAACCCUGGCUUCCCCAUUGGCUGUCUUGUCACAACAGAUGGUCGAGCAAAAGAUGCCUGUGUAAUUAAUUCUGAGUUCAACAAGAAAAACACAUUUUAUGUCUUCAACCAUGUGGACAUAAAGAUCACUUACCACAGCGGACAAACUGAAGGUUGGCGAGGCGCUCGCCUGGUUGCUGCAACUCUUGAACCAAAGAGCAUCAAACAAGCAGAUGAAAACAAACCAAACUGUGAAUCAGGAAAUCCAAUGGAAGUGCCAGGGGAUUUUAAAGAGGAUGUAACAAUCGUUUACACCUAUUCUGUAACAUUUGAGGAAAAUAAUACCAUCAAAUGGGCCUCUCGGUGGGACUACAUCCUGGUCUCCAUGCCACAUACCAACAUCCAGUGGUUUAGCAUCAUGAACUCCUUGGUCAUUGUGCUUUUCCUGUCUGGCAUGGUUGCCAUGAUCAUGCUGAGAACCCUUCAUAAGGACAUUGCCAGAUACAACCAGGUGGAUCAGGGAGACUUGAUAAAGCUUACACCGGCCACGGAAAAAUCUUCUCUACCCUAUGAAGACGCACAGGAGGAGUCAGGAUGGAAGCAAGUGCAUGGAGAUGUUUUCCGUCCUCCCAGGAAGGGGAUGCUGCUGUCUGUGUUCAUUGGACAGGGCACCCAGAUCUUCAUCAUGACCUUCAUCACACUCUUCCUGGCCUGUCUUGGAUUCCUGUCUCCUGCCAACAGAGGGGCUCUGAUGACUUGUGCUGUGGUUCUCUGGGUCCUGCUGGGAACACCUGCUGGCUACGUGUCUGCACGUCUUUACAAAACUUUUGGAGGUGAAAAAUGGAAGACCAACGUGUUGCUGACAGCUCUCCUGUGCCCAGGGAUUGUAUUUGCGGACUUCUUUCUGAUGAACCUGAUCCUUUGGGUGGAGGGUUCCUCUGCUGCAAUCCCCUUCGGUACUUUGGUGGCCAUUCUGGCCAUGUGGUUUGGAAUCUCUGUUCCUCUCACCUUCAUUGGUGCCUACUUUGGAUUCAAGAAACCUGCAAUUGAGCAACCGGUGCGGACAAAUCAAAUCCCUCGUCAAAUUCCUGAGCAGUCCUUCUUCACUAAGCCCAUCCCUGGUAUCGUGAUGGGUGGCAUCCUUCCCUUUGGUUGCAUCUUCAUCCAGCUGUUCUUCAUCCUCAACAGCAUUUGGUCUCAUCAGAUGUACUACAUGUUUGGGUUCCUGUUCCUGGUUUUCAUUAUUCUCCUGAUCACCUGCUCUGAGGCCACAAUUCUGCUGUGCUACUUCCACCUGUGUGCUGAGGACUACCAUUGGUGGUGGCGUUCAUUCCUGACCAGCGGCUUCACGGCAGUCUAUCUCUUCAUCUAUGCUGUGCACUACUUCUUCUCGAAGCUGCAAAUAAUUGGCGCGGCAAGCACUAUACUGUACUUUGGAUACACUAUGAUUAUGGUUCUCAUCUUCUUCCUCUUUACAGGUACAAUUGGCUUCUUUGCUUGCUUCUGGUUUGUCAAUAAGAUCUACAGUGUGGUGAAGGUGGACUAGAGGACAGAAGCAUGGACUAACAUCUUGCUGCCACAGCGCUGGGCUCCUCAGUGCUGCCUUUGUCAUGAAGUGGUCUAAAUGGACUGGAACUGAAACCAUCACGUGAUAGAAAAACUCACAGAGCAGAGCCCGUCCUUUUUUGUGCUUUAAACCUCUGUUGCUUUUGUUUUUUCAUUUUAAAUAUAAAUAUAUAUGUAUAUCAUAUUGUUUCACUGUUGAUCCGUUAUCUUCUGAAUGGCGCCUUGAAAAUCAGUGAGGGUUCCAGUGAUUAAGUUGGCACCAUGAAUCAUUUGUUUUACUUUAAUUUUCUAAAGGAAGUGAAAUAUCUAGUGUUUUGGUUUUUCUAUUCUUUCAUGGCUAAAUCCUCCUUUUUUCUGUUCUGUAAUGAUUUGGAAAACAAAAUGUGUACAUAUGUUGUAUAAAGAGGGAGAGUGAGAAUGCUUCUUAAAGACUGUCACCAUUA